AUGGCUGAAUGGUUAAAGCGCCCAACUCAUAAUUGGAGAAUACUUAAUAAUACGGCGAAACAUUUAUACAAAACACCUAUCUCGAGUACACGCAAGGGAACCGUAGACAGGCAAGUGAAAUCCAAUCCACGAAAUAAUUUGAUCCAUGGACGGCACCGUUGUGGUAAAGGUCGUAAUUCCAGAGGAAUCAUUACCGCAAGGCAUAGAGGGGGAGGUCAUAAACGCCUAUACCGUAAAAUCGAUUUUCGACGGAAUCAAAAAGACAUAUCUGGUAGAAUCGUAACCAUAGAAUACGACCCUAAUCGAAAUGCAUACAUUUGUCUCAUACACUAUGGGGAUGGUGAGAAGAGAUAUAUUUUACAUCCCAGAGGGGCUAUAAUUGGAGAUACUAUUGUUUCUGGUACAAAAGUUCCUAUAUCAAUGGGAAAUGCCCUACCUUUGACCGAUAUGCCCUUAGGCACGGCCAUGCAUAACAUAGAAAUCACACGUGGAAGGGGUGGCCAAUUAGCUAGAGCAGCAGGUGCUGUAGCGAAACUUAUUGCAAAAGAGGGUAAAUCAGCCACUUUAAGAUUACCAUCUGGGGAGGUCCGUUUAGUAUCCCAAAACUGCUUAGCAACAGUCGGACAAGUGGGUAAUGUUGGGGUGAACCAAAAAAGUUUGGGUAGAGCCGGAUCUAAGUGUUGGCUAGGUAAACGCCCCAUAGUAAGAGGGGUAGUUAUGAACCCUGUGGACCACCCCCAUGGGGGCGGUGAAGGGAAAGCCCCCAUUGGUAGAAAAAAACCCACAACCCCUUGGGGUUAUCCUGCGCUUGGAAGAAGAACUAGGAAAAGGAAAAAAUAUAGCGAUAGUUUUAUUCUUCGUCGCCGUAAGUAAAUACGUAACUAGGAAUAUGGAAAAUUGCAUUUUUUGCAUUUGCAAUAAUGCGAUGGGCGAACGACGGGAAUUGAACCCGCGCAUGGUGGAUUCACAAUCCACUGCCUUGAUCCACUUGGCUACAUCCGCCCCUUAUCCAGCUACAGGAUUUUUCUCUUUUUUCCAUUCAUCAUUAUUCUAUUUAUUCUGACCUCCAUACUUCGAUCGAGAUAUUGGACAUAGAUUGCCGCUCUUUAAAAAGGAAAAAAAGGAGUAAUCAGCUGUGACACGAAAAAAAACGAAUCCUUUUGUAGCUCAUCAUUUAUUGGCAAAAAUAGAAAAGGUCAAUAUGAAGGAGGAGAAAGAAACAAUAGUAACGUGGUCCCGGGCAUCUAGCAUUCUACCCACAAUGGUUGGCCAUACAAUCGCGAUUCAUAAUGGAAAGGAACAUAUACCUAUUUACAUAACAAAUCCUAUGGUAGGUCGCAAAUUGGGGGAAUUCGUACCUACUCGGCAUUUCACGAGUUAUGAAAAUGCAAGAAAGGAUACUAAAUCUCGUCGUUAACUGAAUUCAGAAUAGAAAGAUUCAGAAUAAAAAAAAGAUGCAAAGUAAAGGUAGGCGGGGAAUAACCUUAUUUAUGACAAGUUUCAAAUUAGUAAAGUAUAUCCCUAGGAUAAAGAAGAAGAAAAGUGGGCUAAGGAAACUUGCAAGGAAAGUUCCAACCGAUCGUCUACUUAAGUUCGAGCGAGUUUUCAAAGCACAAAAACGUAUCCAUAUGUCUGUCUUCAAAGCACAAAGGGUUCUUGAUGAGAUUCGCUGGCGUUACUAUGAGGAAACAGUUAUGAUACUGAACCUCAUGCCUUAUCGAGCAUCUUAUCCCAUCUUAAAGUUGGUUUAUUCGGCAGCAGCAAAUGCUGCUCAUUAUAGGGAUUUCGACAAAGCGAAUUUAUUCAUAACUAAAGCCGAAGUCAGUAGAAGUACUAUUAUGAAAAAAUUCAGACCUCGGGCUCGAGGGCGCAGUUUCCCCAUAAAAAAAAGCAUGUGUCAUAUAACAAUUGCACUAAAUAUAGUAAAGAGAUCUAAAUAACCCUUAGAUCCAGCUAAGAUUUCGAUUCCCAGUAAAAAAAAAAUAGAAUAGAAAAAUAUGGGACAAAAAAUAAAUCCACUUGGUUUCAGACUUGGUACAACCCAAAAACACCAUUCCUUUUGGUUCGCACAACCAAAAAAUUAUUCUGAGGGUCUACAGGAAGAUAAAAAAAUAAGGAAUUGUAUCAAGAACUAUAUACAAAAAAAUAGGAAAAAGGGCUCGAAUAGAAAAAUAGAAUCAGACUCAAGUUCCGAAGUAAUUACACAUAAUAGAAAAAUGGACUCAGGUUCAAGUUCCGAAGUAAUUACACAUAUAGAAAUUCAAAAAGAAAUUGAUACGAUCCACGUCAUAAUCCAUAUAGGAUUUCCAAAUUUAUUAAAGAAAAAGGGAGUAAUCGAAGAAUUAGAGAAAGAUCUACAAAAAGAAAUUAACUCUGUAAACCAGAGACUUAAUAUUUCUAUCGAAAAAGUUAAAGAGCCUUAUAGACAACCUAACAUUCUUGCAGAAUAUAUAGCUUUUCAAUUAAAAAAUCGAGUUUCAUUCCGAAAGGCAAUAAAAAAAGCCAUUGAAUUAACUAAAAAAGCAGAUAUAAGGGGAGUCAAAGUAAAAAUAGCGGGUCGUCUCGGAGGAAAAGAAAUUGCACGUGCGGAAUGCAUCAAAAAGGGUAGACUUCCUCUCCAAACAAUUCGCGCUAAAAUUGAUUAUUGUUGCUAUCCAAUUCGAACUAUCUAUGGAGUAUUAGGUGUAAAAAUUUGGAUAUUCGUAGAUGAAGAAUAACUAAUCUUGUCUUCGCAUUCUGUGCAGUGAUAGAAUAAAAAAUGACAAGAGCCUUUUUUCCCGAAAUCCCUAAAAAAAAGAAGAAAUUAUACCUCUUUCUAUAAGAUUUAAUGAAAAUUGAUAAAUCAUUUAAUAUAAUUGCUAUGCUUAGUGUGUGACUCGUUAUUUUUUUCUUUAAAAAAAGAAAAAAAUUUAGUAAUUAUAGAAAAUUAACUAAUAACCAACCUAUUGCUUCGUAUUGUCGAGAUCCUAACUAAGAAGCAGUCACUAUCUGAAUAAAUAUCUCUAUCAUAAAUGAGUAGAUCUAUCAUAUAGUUGUAGCAACUGCAAUUUUUUCUCUAAAAAAGAAACGAGAUUCUAGGUUCUGAAGAAAAACUAAAGGGAUGUAGAUAAAGGGAAAGAUGAUAGAAAGAAGAAUAAGUAAGAUAUAGGAUUCCAAUAUGUAUGGUCUAUGAAUUGCAUCAAAAAAGGCAAUGUGAUAAAGCAUCAAUAUAAUAUAAUAAAAAUAACAGAGAAUUAGAAAUCGUAACUUGAAACAAGAACUACAAAUUUAAAGCAAUAAUUAAAGAGCCACCCGGGUUAAUAAAACUGAGAAAAUUAACUCGGAAAGACAUUUUUUUGAAGCUCCGUUGCGGGAUUCAGACCUAACCAUUCAAGGAGAAGCAGUGGGAACGACAGAACCUAUGACUCCAUAGGAUUUUAUUGCAAAGAAUCCAAAAACCUCAUUGGACGGGAUGGCGGAACAAACCCCAAAAAUUGUCUUAUUUGGUAAGGUUAUAAAUUACCAAAUAAGACAGGAAUAGAGUAAAUAUUCGCCCGCGAAAUCCUUAUUGAAUUAGAAUACUUUACCGCAAUUCAAUAAUUCAAUAAAUUCAAUAAAAGUAAAAAGAAAGAUAUUUUUUUUAAGAAGGAUUACGUUAAAAAUAGAAUAUAGAUAAAUAGACACACACAUCUAGAUAUAUUCUAGAUCUUCUUUCUUGACUAUAUAUUUUUCUAUUUGAACAAAAUUAACUAUGAAAAAUAAAAAAAACUAACUUUUUCUAUUACCUAUUAAUGUGUAUCUAUCCAUAAUAUUUUUGAAUAUUAUGGAAUUAGAGCAAUUUCCACGCUUUCUCAUUUAAUUCGCGAGGAGCUGGAUGAGAAGAAACUCUCAUGUCCAGUUUUGCAGUAGAGAUGGAACUACGAAAGAACCAUCGACUAUAACCCCAAAAGAACCAAAUUUCGCAAACAACAUAGAGGAAGAAUGAAAGGAAAAUCCUGCCGAGGCAAUCGUAUUUGUUUUGGUAGAUAUGCUCUUCAAGCACUUGAACCCACUUGGAUCACGGCGAGACAGAUAGAAGCGGGACGAAGAGCAAUAACACGAUAUGCACGUCGUGGUGGAAAAAUAUGGGUACGUAUAUUUCCCGACAAACCAGUUACACUAAGACCCACGGAAACACGUAUGGGCUCGGGAAAGGGGUCCCCCGAAUAUUGGGUAGCUGUUGUUAAACCAGGUCGUAUACUUUAUGAAAUGGGUGGAGUAUCCGAAACUGUAGCUAGAGCAGCUAUCUCCAUAGCUGCCAGUAAAAUGCCCAUACGAAGUCAAUUUAUUCGAUUAGAGAUAUAGAACCCCAAAAACGGGUUUUUCUUUCUGGAAAGACAAUAUUUCUUUCAUCCUUUUGCAUCGAAAUAAAAAAUUGAAAUCCAAAUAAUAUGAUUCAACCUCAGACCCUUUUAAAUGUAGCAGAUAAUAGUGGAGCUCGAAAAUUGAUGUGUAUUCGAGUCAUAGGAACUGCUGGUAAUCAGCGAUAUGCUCGUAUUGGUGAUGUUAUUGUUGCUGUAAUCAAAGACGCAGUGCCCCAAAUGCCUCUAGAAAGAUCCGAAGUAAUUCGAGCUGUAAUUGUACGUACAUGUAAAGAGUUCAAAUGUGAAGACGGUAUAAUAAUCCGCUAUGAUGACAAUGCAGCGGUUAUAAUUGAUCAAAAAGGAAAUCCAAAAGGAACUCGAGUUUUUGGGGCGAUCACCGAGGAAUUGAGAGAAUUGAAUUUUACCAAAAUAGUUUCAUUAGCUCCUGAAGUAUUAUAAAUACUAGUAGGCGAAAUUUAGAUCAAAGAGUGAAUUAGUAGAUUGUGUUUCACGUAUAUGUUUUAAAAUCUAAAAUGAAAAGAAAAAAAAGAAAACAUGUUGAUUAUAGAAAAAUUGGGAGGAACCUAGAAUUAGAAUCUUAUGGGCAAAGACACUAUUGCUGAUUUACUAACCUCUAUAAGAAACGCGGACAUGAAUAAAAAAGCAACAGUUCGAGUAGUAUCUACAAAUAUUACUGAAAACAUUGUAAAAAUACUUCUACGAGAGGGUUUUAUUGAAAGUGUUCGGAAACAUCAGGAACGUAACAGAUAUUUCUUGGUUUUAACUUUGCGACAUCAAAAGAGAAAGACUAGAAAAGGAAUAUAUAGAACAAGAACUUUUUUAAAGCGUAUCAGCCGACCCGGCUUACGAAUUUAUACCAACUAUCAAGGAAUUCCUAAAGUUUUGGGUGGAAUGGGAAUUGCUAUUCUUUCUACUUCUCGAGGGAUAAUGACAGAUCGAGAGGCUCGACUAAACAGAAUUGGGGGAGAAGUCUUAUGUUAUAUAUGGUAAUCGCCUUGCCUAUAGUGCCCGAAUUCUCUCUCGAACUUCCUAUUAUUCAAAUAAAAAGAAAAAAAUAGCAGAAAAAAAAAAUGACAGAAAAAAAAAAUAGGCGAGAAAAGAAAAACCCGAGAGAAGCAAAAGUAACUUUCGAAGGUUUAGUUACGGAAGCCCUACCCAACGGAAUGUUCCGCGUUCGUCUAGAGAAUGACACCAUCAUCCUGGGCUAUAUUUCAGGAAAGAUUCGGUCUAGUUCUAUACGAAUACUGAUGGGGGAUAGGGUCAAAAUUGAAGUAAGUCGUUAUGAUUCAAGCAAGGGACGUAUCAUUUAUAGACUUCCCCAUAAGGAUUCGAAGCGUAUCGAAGACUCGAAGGAUAGCGAAGAUUUGAAGGAUAGCGAAGAUUUGAAGGAUUAGGUUUUUCUUUUUUCUAGAAUAAUAAAUGCAAAGUUCAAAAAUUACAGCGAAGAGACUUAUUUUUUCCAAAAGAUUAGAUUCAUGGUUUAAGAAAGGAUACGGAAAUAUGAAAAUAAGAGCUUCCGUUCGUAAAAUUUGUACAAAAUGUCGACUGAUUCGUAGGCGUGGCCGAAUUAGAGUCAUUUGCUCCAACCCGAAACAUAAACAAAGACAGGGAUAAUCUUUCGAAAAAGCACUUUACUUUCUAAAAAGUAAAAAAAAAGAAUACCUGCGGGAAUGUUUAAAUUAAUAAUAAAAUAAUUUGAAAUAAUUAAAGUAAAGGGUAUAUUUUACCCUGAAACGGAUAUCUUUGUAUCUUUUUUUUAUUUUUUUUACUCAUAUUUAUGAGAUUUAUGAGAUAAUAAAAUAUGGCAAAAGCUGUACCAAAAAUAGGUUCACGUAAGAGAGUGCGUAUUGGUUUACGUAGGAAUGCACGUUUUAGUUUACGGAAGAGUGCACGUAGAAUAACAAAAGGGGUUAUUCAUGUUCAAGCUAGUUUCAACAAUACCAUUAUAACUGUUACAGACCCACAAGGUCGAGUGGUUUUCUGGUCCUCUGCGGGUACUUGUGGAUUCAAAAGCUCAAGAAAAGCAUCACCCUAUGCUGGUCAAAGAACAGCAGUCGAUGCUAUUCGUACAGUAGGUUUACAACGAGCAGAAGUUAUGGUAAAGGGCGCUGGUAGUGGAAGAGAUGCCGCAUUACGAGCCAUUGCUAAAAGUGGUGUGCGCUUAAGUUGUAUACGCGAUGUAACACCUAUGCCGCAUAAUGGAUGUCGACCGCCUAAAAAAAGGCGUCUGUAAAAGAAUUAACCCGCUUUCAAGAGAAAUAAACGAUUCAAUGAUCAAAUAAUAAUACUAGUCUAUUAUGGUUCGAGAGGAGGUAGCAGGAUCCACUCAAACAUUACAGUGGAAGUGUGUUGAAUCAAGAGUAGAUAGUAAGCGUCUUUAUUAUGGUCGUUUCAUUCUGUCCCCGCUUAUAAAAGGUCAAGCAGAUACCGUCGGUAUUGCCUUGCGAAGAGCUUUACUUGGAGAAAUAGAAGGAACAUGUAUCACACGUGCAAAAUUUGGAAGCGUGCCACACGAAUAUUCUACAAUAGCGGGUAUUGAAGAAUCCGUACAAGAAAUUUUAGUAAAUUUGAAAGAAAUUGUAUUGAGAAGUAAUCUCUAUGGAGUUAGAGACGCAUCCAUUUGCGUCAAAGGUCCCAGAUGCAUAACUGCUCAAGAUAUUAUCUUACCACCUUCCGUAGAAGUCGUUGAUACGGCACAGCCUAUAGCUAACUUGACCGAGCCCAUUGAUUUCUGUAUUCAGUUACAGAUCAAGAGAGAUCGUGGAUAUCAGACGGAACUUAGAAAGAACUAUCAAGAUGGAAGUUAUCCUAUAGAUGCUGUAUCCAUGCCUGUUCGAAAUGUGAAUUAUAGUAUUUUUUCUUGUGGGAAUGGAAAUGAAAAACACGAGAUACUUUUUCUCGAAAUAUGGACUAAUGGAAGUUUAACCCCUAAGGAAGCGCUUUAUGAGGCUUCUCGUAAUUUGAUUGAUUUAUUUCUUCCUUUUCUACACGCAGAGGAAGAGGGAACUGGUUUCGAAGAAAAUAAAAACAGGUUUACUCCACCCCUUUUUACUUUUCAAAAAAGAUUGACUAAUCGAAAGAAAAACAAAAAAGGAAUUCCAUUGAAUUUUAUUUUUAUUGAUCAAUUAGAAUUGCCUUCUAGAACGUAUAAUUAUCUCAAAAGGGCCAAUAUACAUACACUAUUGGACCUUUUGAGUAAGACUGAAGAAGAUCUUAUGAGAAUUGACAGUUUUCGUAUGGAAGAUGGAAAACAGAUAUGGGACACUCUAGAGAAGCAUCUCCCAGUUGAUUUACUUAAGAAUAAGCUCUCGUUUUAAAUCCAUUGCAAUUUUUGGCUCUUCUUCUUUUUCGAGUUAGGAUAAAAAGAAAAAAACAAGUUUGCAUCUUCAGGAGAAUCUAUAUUUUCGCGAAAUGGAUCAUAAUAAAAUGGAUUUUAGGUAUCUAGGGAAAAUUCACUUCGAAGUAACUAUUUCCUAGAUACCUAUGCACGGUACUUCACGGUUGAAUGAAUCAACCUGAAAAAUACCUAAAAAAGGCCUAAAGUUAAGGAUUUAUCAAUGGGUAAUGUUGCUCCAAUACCUAACCAAAGAGCUACUGCAGUACCGAUUAAAAAAACGGUCGUAGCUACCGGGCGACGAAAUGGAUUUUGGAAUUUGUUGACAUUCUCUAGAAAAGGUACUGUCAAUAAGCCUGUUGGCACAGAAACCAUUAAGAGAAC